UCCUCAUCCGCAUAUUUUUGAUGCCCCCCUCGUUUCCCUGGGUAGAAAGGGAGCGGGUCUGUCUGUGUGUGUGGUUUUUUUUUAAUGAAUAUAUUGUGCGUGUGUGGAGUUGGUUUUCUCUUUUAUUUCUGUUUGGGGCGCUCGCUAUCACAAUGCUAGAUCGGCGGGGUUUCUCUCUCUCUCUCUCUCCCUUUGCUAGAACCGUCUCCAGCGCUCCGCCUAGAGAGAGACAAAAACCCACAUUAGAUAGGCACUCCAGCGAGGCCCGGAAACCAUUGCUAAGGUGCAGAGGGAGGGAAUAUAAAUAUGAAAUUGUUGAGGUGGAAGUUGGCGCUGGCGUGUGCUCUUCUGGAGCAGCAGUGUUGCUGUUCUCUGUACGUGUGUGUUACUCUUUGUUCAGGGCAAAUCUAGAGCAGGCUUGGCUUUGUUCCAUUACAGCACUAGGCCCAAAAAGGCUGCAGUCUGGCUCCAUUUACCAACACAUUACAAAUGAUGACUCCCACACUUGUAUUUCACAGAUUUGGAAAUAUGGCUCCAACUUCAGAUGUGCUUCGUUUUAAGUUUUCAAGCUAUGGAGAUUCCAUGUUGCAGAAAAUGAAUUUGUUAAGGCAGCAAAAGCGAUUCUGUGAUGUCACAAUCCGAAUCAACAAUGUGGCCUUUCUAGGGCAUAAAAUAAUAUUUGCUGCAUGCUCUCCCUUUUUGAGAGACCAGUUUUUGUUAAAUGAUUCGAAGGAUGUCCGGAUUUCACUCCUCCAGAGUUCAGACGUUGGAGCACAGAUACUUUUGUCCUGUUACACUGGUAUCCUAGAGUUUCCAGUGAAGGAAUUGGUCAAUUACUUAACUGCUGCAAGUUACCUUCAGAUGGGUCAUAUUGUAGAAAGGUGCACACAGGCCCUUUCUAAAUAUAUUGAGCCAAAGUUGUUGUCUGAAGACCAUUCACACAACAUAGGUGAAAGCAGCACUUCACCUACAUUUCCUGAAACUUCAGAAAGGCCACAAGAAAGCCCUCCACCUGAUUCCGAGAAACACAAAUUGGAAGAUCUUAUCGAAACUGGGGAUGUCUCUGAUUGUGAAACUGAUUCCGAGGACAGCAACAUUCGUAUAGUUAAAGUGGAGUCUCUGACCAGUGAUAUUCAAGAGAGUGAGAAUGGUGAUAGUUUGAGCCAUCUCUCAAAUAAUUUCAGCAAUAGUGUAGAAAGAGCUGUUGCAAAUUCUCCAGAAUCCCAGUACUCUCUCAUCAAUUCAACUGUUGAUUCAAGAAACAACAAAGUGGUAGAUAGUUGUUUAGAGAAUUUUGUAGGAGAUCCACCCAGAUUAUCAGAAGUUGUCAAUGGUACAAGCUUUAUGCUGGCAGCUAAUGAAUUUGAAUUGCAAGGUUUGAGUAGUUUUCCAAAUGAGGAAAUGGCUGCUGCAGGUGGGUUUUUGUUCAAGCGUAACAGAGGCACAAAACUGUUUGCAAACAAAACAAUGUACACUAAUCAUUUUAAAAUGCAAGACAAAUGGCUUCAGAAGCCCCACCAUUGUAGUACAUGUGGAAAAGUCUUUCAGCACCUUGAAAACUUCAUUAGUCACCUGAAAACACACAAACUUUUCUUGUGUCUGCGCUGUGGUAAGAUUUUCACACAGAAAAGCAAUCUGACGCGGCACAUCAGAGUACACACAGGAAUCAAACCUUACCAGUGCACAAUUUGUGGAAAGACGUUCACUCAAAAAUGUUCUUUGCAGGAUCACCUGAAUCUCCAUAGUGGUGACAGACCACACAAGUGUAAUUAUUGCGAUGUGGGCUUUGCACAUAAACCUGCACUCAGGCGACACCUCAAAGAACAGCACGGGAAAAAAUGUGUAGAUAAUGUCACUGAAGGAAGCAUACAAGAAAUUACUCUGGAAGUAGACACUAUUGAAUGACUGCAGUAUUGCUGAAUUUGGUUUAAUAUCUUGAUGGAAGGCUGACCGAACAUCGUUGGCCAAGCAGUAAAUCUAAACUUUUUAGAAAAGGUGGUAGAACCAAUGCACCAAAUCAACAUCAUAAUGGUAUCUCAUUAGUGGGUUAGUAAAUAUGCAGAGCACUGCACUUGGGGAAAAAAUGUUCUGUAGAUUUCUGUUCUACUGAUGAAAUAGAGCAUUGUGAACUAACUAAUGUUUGAUUCUGCCUCUAAUUUGAAAGAUGCACUUCAGUAGUUCAAACUGAUUGUGUUCUACAGACCACUUAAAAAGUGGCAUAUGUCCUAUUUCAUACAGAAGGAUGUUUUAAAAUAAGACACUAACUCUCUUUGCAUGUAGGCAAUGGAGUGCACCUGAUGAGUGAACUAUUUGUCCAGGAGUAAUAUCUAAAUUAUAAAGCUUUGCCUUAUGAUUUUGUUAAAAAUGGAAACGGGAAUAGGCUAUUCGGCCCCUUGAGCCUUUUCCACCAUUCAGUCAGUUCAUGGCUGAUUUGUACCUCAAUUCCAUUUUCAACUUUGUUCCACUUCCUUUGAUUCCCUGACCCAAUAACAAUCUAUUGGUCUCAGUCUUAAAUUCCAAAUGAUCCACUCUUGUAAAUAGGAGUUCCAGAUUUUCACUGUUUUGUGGAGAAGAAACGUGCUUCCUAACUUCAGCCACAAAUGACUUUGCUGUAAAGUCAAGGUUAUUAUAUCCCUCUAAACUUGAUUCUCUUGCCAAAGGGAAUGAUUCUUUGAAAUUACCGUGUCUUAGAUCCCCUUAUAUUAAAUGCCCCAAAGCACAUCGCUUAAAUCACUUUUUUUCUGUGAAGUUUUCUUACUGAAAUUAUGCCAUUGUUUUAAAAUCUACUUCCAAAUGGCAGGUGUGUUUUCCUUAUAUUAAGUGAGUGGGCAAGGGUCUGGAAGAUAGAGUACAAUGUUGGCAAAUGUGAGGUCAUCCUAUAUUUUUGUCGGAAUAACAGCAAAAUGGUCAGGACACUGUCCUUCGUUCCAUUUGGUACUGUCUUCCUAUCUCUUGUUUGCAGAUUUGUACCAGUAGAAUAUGCCAUUUGGGGAAACUAAGUGACAAUUAGUAGGCAAGGAUAUGUAGUUGUAGUUUCUUCAGCAUAUAUCUACCAUGAAGGUUUUAUUCCUAAGGGUAGUAAUUUCUUACAUUUGAACUUGAUGUUGCUAGAAUUACUAGUAGUUCCAGCAGUGACCCAGCAUAGGCUGCUUUACCUAGUUGUCUGAAGAAUCAAAGAAUUUUGUAUUAAAUGAUGUUACCGUGGACAUUGGUUUAAAUGAUUUAAGCACAUUACUCAUUUGGGUUUAACAGUCAUAUGUUUAAUUUCUGACCAAAGCACUUAAAUUUUGCUCUGCUAUUCCUUCAAGUUUCUAACAUGUGUGAAUAAUGGACUGCUGCUUGAAGGCAUUACAGAAUUGUACAAAACUGAUCUGGGGGUUAGGGGACGUUAGAGGAAGUAUUGCAUGGUUUAUGUUUUAAUUAGCAGUUCGGAUUUUGGAUUUGUCCUAAGGUAAUAAAAAUCAGACUGUGUUUUGAAAUUUGUCCCAUUUCCCUUUUCUCUCAGGCCCUAAAAGAAACCUAAAGCUUAAUUUUUAACAACAGAAAGUCUGAUGCUGUUCCUGAAGCCAGCACUGGCUGUAAAAAUAGCAGAUAAGCUCCUAAUGGUGAUAUUAUGGGAAUUUGAAGAGGACCUCAGUGGCCUAGGACAAUUUGCCAAAUGUAGAAGGGAAAUCUCAAAAUGUUCUCUGUUUUCAAAUACAUAACUGGUUUCUGUCAGAGGGGUCAGUUAGGGUUAAACCCUUGGUUUUAGAAGAGAUACUAAGAACUUCACCUUUACAGUGGAUCUGGAAGUGUAAUUUCUUUGCUCUUGUCCUGCAGAUUUUACUCCAUUGAGGUUUUAAGUUUUACUAAGCCCUCUGGUAUUUGGCUAUUUUCGUAUGCCAUAACAACAAUGAGCCUGAAUUCAUAAGUGACUCCAAUCUUGUCUCGUCUCGUAAUCUAUUGUUCACAAAGGAAUUGCUAGAUAGUGAUCAGUAGUGAAGCUCUGGCUCAUUUUCUUUUUGUCCCUUUGCAUCACCCUAGUAUAGGUAUGUGAGAAAAUUAUGAAUUUUCUAUAUGCAUUGACUUUGUAGUUUAAAGAGACAUUUCAUUGGCAAUUUCAUCACAUGUAACAUAAAUGUUGGAUUCCAACCUUGCUUCAUUUGAAAUCUGUCAGGAAUGCAAUCUUGUAAGGUACCAUUAUGCCCAGUUUUCUUAAUAGUACCUUUUUUAUUCUGAACUAAAAGAUAUGUUAUGUCAUAAUAGCUCAUGCCAGUCAUAAUGUCUCCGUGCAUACUGCUGUUGAAAUUUUCUAGACAAUUGUGUUAGGGAUUUUGACUUCAUGCCCAUAGACCUCCCACUCUGAGGUCUGAUCUGUCUUGAUUCGAGCUUUUAGACUCUGAACCACUGUGUUGCUGUAUCUUUCAUGUACGUUUAUUUCGAUUAAAUCAAAUGAUUAACCAUUUCAAGGGUACUUAAGUAAGGUACUCUUUUAUUAGGAAUAAAUACUAAAAUAGAAAAUGUCAAAGCCAAACAAAAUCAUCCAUUGACUGAUUCCACCUUGCUCUUAGUUGUAACCAGUGAUGUUUGUUGUUUUAAAUGUAGGUUUUGAAUGCUUGAAGAGUUUGACAUUUGUGUGAAGAGACUAGAAAAACUUGGAUUGCUCUUUUUGAGCAAAGCAUGUUUUUUAUAUAAUAGAGGUUAAAAAUCUAUGAAGGACUUUGACAGAAUGCAAAAGAAAAAAGGUUUUCACUGACAACAGGGUCAAUUAACCAGCAGACACAGAUUUAAAGUAAAUGAUAAAGAACCCAGAGCAGAAUGAGCAGUGUAGAAGAAAUUAGAUUUGUUUUUGUAGUAACUUGUUACACUCCAAAAUGUACUGUCUAAAAGGGUGAUAGAAGCAGAUUUAAAAGUAACUUUCAAAGGUGGAAUUGAUUAAAUGUAUACUUGAAAGGAAAACAUUUGCAAGGCUAUCUGGAAAGAACAGGGAAGUAAUUGGAUAGAUUUUGCUCUUCUUUAUUAGAAAAAAAUCUUCACUGAAAUAGGCAUCAAACAAAAGGUAUAGAAAUACUGUCAUUCCAAAUGAAAACAUAAAGAGUAGAAGCCAUCAAAACAUGAAGUUCACCAAUAAAUUAGAGAAUCCUUUAUUGAGUGAUGAAAAUCCGGAACCUAAUACUUUUGGAUGUGCUUUUAAAAGGAAGCAAGAGAGAAGACAGUAGAUUGUACUGAUGCAAAGUAAAUGAAGAAAGGCUCAGGAGGAGCAGCAUGAUGACUUGAACUGGUUAGUCUGAGUGGCUUGUGUACUGUAAUUUUAUUUUUGUGUGGCUUUGGGUUAAACAAACCCAGGAAGUGUACCCAGUUGACACUGAUAUUCAGGUAUAUGCCAUUAAAUUUCAAACCCCUAACUUGGCUAUUCUGGAACAUUCAUUUUGCUAUCAUUCUUAUACUGUCCUGUUCGCUUGAAAACGAGACAGGAAAAAAAAAUCCAGUUUUGUUAAUUGUUGAGUUCUUCAAUGAUCUUAGCAGAGCUUUCGUAAAUCAGUGGUCAUAUUGCUAUCCUCCUGAUAUGCUUGAAUGAUUUAAGCAGUCCCAAAAAUAAUUUGAAGCCUACAGUUUUCAGUAGUUUGCACUUUCUCCCCCAAGGUAACUUACCCAAUCAGAAAUCACAUCCAGAACAAAUCUGACUUUAUGCAAAUUUUCUUUUGCACAUUAGAAGCUGGCUGCACCCAGAAAACUGGCAAUGCUCUUGAUCACAAUACUUCACCCACUGAGGUUCUGCUAAUUGCAUCUGUUUACAAGCCCCCUUAUGACCUUUUUAGACAUGGGGAUGCUGAAUAACCAUGUUUUUAAAAGCUUUUGAAUAGAGUUAAUUUACAUGAACUGACUACAUCAAUAUUUAUCAAGGAUUGGCUCUUUUUUUUCGAUUUCUGUUUUUAAAAAUGGGGUUGCAUUCAACUGGUAGACUUUACUAAAAGUGCUUAAUACUUGUCAUAUGUUAUAGAGUUAUACAGCAUGGAAACAGACACUUCGGUCCAACCCGUCCAUGCUGACCAGAUAUGAAUUCCACAGAUUCACUACUCUCUAAGAAAAGCAGUUUGUUUUCAUCUCUGUCCUAAAUCUACUUCCCUCUAAUCUUGAGGUAGUGUCCCCUAGUCCUAGUCUCUCUUGUGAUUAACUUAUUUUCAGCCACAUAAAUCACACCCAAUUAACAAGAUAUUUAAAAGGAAAAAGUAAUUUUUUAAUGUUCUAAAAUUCUAUACAAUUGCUGUCCAAAUCCAGUUCCAGUUGGUUCAUAGCAAAUUUUCUUUAGUGAUAGGCAAAUGAACUUGAAUAGAAAUGCAAGACCAGAACCGUUUGACAAAGCUACUGCAUUUCUGGUUAUAGUAAUUGAUUAUGCCCCAAACCAGAAACUCCAGGCAUGGGUGAAUAGUUGGUGGGUUUUUAAAAUCUUCCUCCUCCAUCAGGUUUUACAUUUUUGGAAGGUUAUACAGACUGAGAAUAGUUCACAAGGAAGUUGUCUAAUGACUCAGCUAGAGCCUCUAUUGGGUAGUAAUUGAUGUUUAGCAGAGUGGGAUAGGACUUGAUGUCUCUACCUUUUUACUCCUGUUCUUAUGUAUCCAAUCUGAAUAUAAUUUAACACUUUUUAAUGUUGAGGAUCAACAAUGAUGCAUUUUUAGAGGAUCACUAAUAUUAAUGAUGCAUAAUUUCAGUCUUCAGCGUAGUUCAUGAUAAUUUUCCAUUCUGAUUUUCCCUGACUGUAGAGUUCCUGAUUUCUGCUCAUGUAAUUUUGUGAGGUGCCACUUGUAGGAAAGGGGUGGAAGAAGUUUGUCAAAUAUUUACAAAAUUGUCUUUCAAGUCUUCAGUUUAGAGCAGCUACAAAAACCUGAAAAGAUUACUUUGAACACCAUUUUAGUUAUGGCAUGGAGAUUUGUAAGACACAGACCAUUCUAAAAGUGCAGUGCUUGGGAGAAAAUUGUCUUGAUGAUCAAAUACAAAACUAUUUUAUAACAUUCGAAUGAUAAUUGACACUUCUCACUUUUUAAAAAAAGUUUAAACACUGAAAAGAGGUACCUCUUUAAUUUCCUAGAUUAUUAUGUUUGAGGGAGUUCUUUUAAAAAAAAAGUCAGCAUUGUAGAUGUGCAUCAGUUUCCUAAGAGAUUAAAUAUCUAUCUGUCACCUACAGGUUAGCAUGUACAAGAAGUACAAACUCCCAUUAGCUGUCACAGUCAGGAGAGGUGCUGUUGAUCAGAGAAUAUUCUAGGCACAAGAAUAAAAACAAAUGUUCAACUAACAAAUUUGACUUGAAUUUCUUCUUGAAGUUAUAAAGAAGAUUGGUGUCAGCGUGUUGUGCCAGGAGGUAAUGUCCAGGAUAAGUUUUCUUAUCCAAAAAAAUGUGUAGAUAAUGAUGUACAUUGCAUCAAAGUUGCUAGCCAUGAUUAAUCAUUUGUAGAUUUGAAAUUUGAAGAAUUGAUUCAUACAACAGACGUAGUUUAUCAACUUGAUUUCACUACAUACUUGAGUUGUAAAAAUAUGUAAUGAAUUAGCAUUUUGGGUCUUUGUCAAAGUGUUGCUUUUUGACCAUGCAAGACUAUAUUCAAAAUUUCAAACUGAUAAAGGUGGUUGAUCAAUUUUUACCUACAGUUAAAUGGUACUGUUUUAAUAAUCUGUUGAUAUUUUUCAAAUUAUAUAUGCAAUCUCAUUAUUGUUAGUAUCCUUUGACACUAUUGGUCCUGAAAUUAGAUUUUUGGGUUACCUAGCACAUUAACAUAUACCUCACCUGGAACAGUAUUUGCGAUUCUUACGUGUACCUUCACAUUUGUAAAUUUAGAAUGUUGCAACAUUUUCUUAGCUGUGAAAUCUUUAAAUUCUCCAAGUAUGGGUAUGUGAGACUGCAGCUAUAAUAGUGGAAUGAACCAAUUUUGUUAAUAACCAUGGCCAGUUAAAAUGUUUAAUGUUUAUUAACUUGCAUAGCACGUAAAAUAUAUUUUGAGAAAGUAGAUAUCAAAAUAAGAAAUGAUCCAUGGACUAUCUCCUAUUUUUGGAGAUCAAAAGUUUUAUUGAAUAUCAGAAUGCAUCAUAAACUGCUAUAUCGAAUGAUUUGAGUAGGUCUUCAAAUCUGUGAUAUUUCUUCAUGUAAUGUGAUAUUCCUCCAGCUAAGGCACCAGGGAGUGAAUGUUGAAAAAGGAGCCAUCACAUUUCUCUCCCUGUUGUAUAGCUCAUAGAAAUGGCAUUGCCAGAUAUCU